AUGGCUUCGCCUUCUACCCCUCGGUCGACGCGUUCCGCGUCCCUUGGGAAUGAUGACACCGCUUCAGCAAGUGGGAAUUCGCCGGAGAUUCUCACGCCCGGAAGAAAAAUUAGGGCUAUGCUUGCCGCCUUUGACAGUGAUUCAGAUUCGGAUAAUGGCGGUUCUAGCAAUGUUCAUAGGCCAUCAAUUCCGAAGCCUAAAUUGAGUCCUAGACGCGCACCUGGAGCCGAAUCAAGGGCGGCCGCCAUCAGCAAGGAGGACGAGGACGACGCUGACGAGGAGGAGAGCAUUAUUGUUCCCAGGGGCCGCAUGGCAGCUCGAAUGCAAGCCGAACAACAAGAAGAACGAGAGCAGCUUAAUGGAGCAGAUAAAGGCGAAUCGGCAUAUGAGAGGGUAGCUAGAAGGUUGCAUGCCGAAUUGCAGGAGACACAGCCUCCCCAGACACAACAGCAAGAGUCCUCGGAUCAAUCAUCAGAAGACGAUCUGCCAGCGACUGGAUUUGGUAGACGCCGUUUGAAAGGGAUCAAAUCUUUCGAUGAUGACGAGAAGUCCCAUCGGUCACCAUCUCGCGAGCGUUCAGGUUCGCCGCUGUUUGUCCCAUCUCCUAAUAAAGAUGACGAGGAACCAACGGUUCGUGAUGAAGACGAAGAUCAAUCCGAGCCACGCUUGAAACCUAACGCCCGAUUCCUCGCGCUGGUCGAGCAGAAACGCAAGGAGAGAGAGGAACGGGAGAGAAUCGAAGCGGAGAAGAAAGCUGCGAGGGCGGAGCAGAUGAAGCAAUUCAGCUCUGAUAUCCUGUCCGACGAAGAUAGUGAUGACGAGUCAGGCUCUGGACGGAAAUUGACCCAGCAGUCCUGGCCGCCGCGAAAAGCCAGUAAGAAGGCGAUCGAAGAAAUGAAUCGGGAAACGCAGAGGAUAAGCAGGAACAUGCAACUGGCACACCAGGCCAAAACUAAGAAGAAGAUCACAAAGGAAAGUUUCUUUGCCCGGUUCAAUUUCAUGCAACCCCAGAAACCUGAGACGACUGCGGGACACUCUUCUACAACCACCAGCUCGGCUCCUUCGUCUGAUGCGGAAGGACAGAACGAAAAUACGACACCGCCUACUUCUCCGGUCCGCGAGGAGAAUGAGAAAUCACAUCCUGGCGCGCAAGAACAGACGGAAGAGGUGGGCGAUUUGCCCUCGAUGGAAGAAAUCAUGACACGGCAAGCUGCACCACAGGAACCAGUCACUGUUGGACGCGUCGAAGUUUCAGGGCCUACGGCUACUUCAGCGCCAGAGCCUGCAACGUCAAAACCGAGGCCUGAACGCAAAGUGCUCACCAAGCCGCCUGUCCGUGUCCGAAUCUCACGGCAGGAUGUUGCUCAACACCAGAAAGAGGACUCAGACAGCGACUUGGAAGUCAUUACUUCUCCUGCCAAGUGUCGUCGUAUCGCCGUUUUUGAGAACCUCCCAGCCAGACAAGCCCAGGAGCCGUCUUCGUUGCUGAAACUAAAGGCUUUGGCACAUCUCACAUCCCCGACCCGACGCAGUACAUCAAUGAGUCCGGCUGAACUUUCUGCCUCCUUAUGCGAACAAGCGAGGCGGCAAGCAGCGAAGGAGAGAGAAGAGAGAAUACAGGAGCUGAAGGCAAAGGGUAUUAUUAUAGAGACAGCAGAGGAGCGUGCUGCCAUGGAGGAUGACGUCGAGGAUCUGAUGGAAAAGGCAAGGAAGGAGGCUGAAGAAAUUGCGAAGCGGGAGAAGGCUGCCCGUGAGAAAAAUCACAAUGACGACGAAGACAGCGAGGAAGAUGAGGACUAUGAACUUUCAGGAUCCGACCAGGAUGAAGACGGUGAGGAGGCCGAUGAUGAUAACGAGGAGGAGGAAGACGGACAAGAUGACGGAGAAGAUGAUGAUGAUGACGAAGAAGAAAACGAAGGGGGUGAAGAAGACGAGGACCUGGUUGAUGAAUCUGAGGAUGAGCGUACUGAAACCAUGUCAUUGGAGGCCGAAUCCGAGGUGCUGGCACCAACAGGCCCCCGAAAACGCCGUAUGAGAGUCAUCAGCGAUGAUGAAGACGAGGAACAAGAAGCGAAGACACCCACCAAAUCAGUGGCUGAGUCUUCAAGCACCCCGAAGCGGCCCCAAUUCCCUGAUAUGUCAGCUUCCGAUGGUAUCACAAUGGGUCUGACACAAGCUUUCGCCGGAACUUUGGGCGAUAAUCAGCCAGGUGAUAGUCAGCCAGACAAUGGGGAAGAUUCUCUGAAACUGCUCCGCACCCUACCUGAUCCUGGCCUUCCUGUUGCAGAGGUGUUAGCACCCGACUCUCAGGUGGUGGUCAAGGACAGCCAGGAACAACGAAGAGAGUCCAUUGAUCUGCUUGCGGGUUAUACGCAAUCCGAUGCCCGCGUGUCAGAGUCUCCUGCACCAAACAGUUGGUCUCAGCCCUCACAGAUUCCUGAUCCGACUCAAGAUGUCGGCUUCGUGCUCUCACCCUUUGACCAGACGAAACGGUUCCUGGACUCCCCUGCGUCUACUAUAGAAACUGUACUCCUCCCUCGGAACGAAUCUCCAUCCAAGGAGAAGCGUGGCCGUUUGCUUCGCCGGGGACGCCCCGCUCAGCCGUCGGACGCAGAAGAUGAUGAUUUUGAGAUCAAAGCGAGUGCGUUUGAUGUGAUGAGAAAGGCAGCCAAGAAGAAGACUGCCGUGCCUUUUGAUAAAUCUAAGAGCAAAGCAAAAGAACACAUUGAUGAGCUUGCCGAGGAAUCAGAGGAUGAGUACGCUGGUUUGGGAGGUGCGAGUGAUGACAGCUCAGGAGAGGAAGACGAAUAUGACAGGGAAAUGAUCAACGACAACAAUGAGGAAGUUGUCGACGAGAAAGAACUUGCUGCCCUGAAUGCCGACCACCAGAGAGCCAUGGAUGAAAAACAAGUCAACAAGCUUCUCAAGGACAUCACGAGUGGAGCGCUUCGUCGGAGACGUGGAGCAGAUGAUGGUCUGGACCUUGAUGACUCCGAUGACGAACGCAUGGCUCGCAGGCGGGAAAAACGACGAGAGUUUGCCAGGAUGCGCAAAGCGCUGCUUGCUGAUGAGAAGAUUGGUGAAAUUGCGAGCAACCCGAAGACGCAGGCCUUUUUCAAGGCGAUCGAGGACCGAGAUUCGGAGGACGAAAUGGAUCUUGACUUCCUUGAUGAAGGUCCCAGCUCUCAAGAUCAAUCUUCUCAAGACAUUCAGCAACAGCCCUCGGUGAAUGAGGCUGCAGGAUCUGGAAGCAACAAGCGGAAACGACCGCUGGAGCCUUCGGCAGCUGACAUUGCCAACCGUCCUCCGCCUCAUCUUCGUCGCACUGCAGCCAGCGCGGUGUCUAAGAAACCCACAACGCUUGCUGAGAUCCGCGAAUCAGUGUCUUUCUUGAUCGAACAGCCGGAAUACGACUCUUUCCAUGAGGAUGCAUCUAUCGAGGAGGAGGAGCCUGGCAACUUGGAUAAUAGCGAUAAACCGUCGCAUGAAGACGAGAAUGCCAAUGCGGAAGGAAGAACAUCUACAGACGGAUUCACCAUCCCCCCGAAUCCCCGACGGACGCGUGGUCGAGUCGUGGACCGGCUCGCUCUCUUGCGGGCUGCUUCUUCCAACUCUGCCUCUAGCAACGGCAAGGUUGCGUUCCAGUCUACGUCGACUACGGAUGGCAUCCCUAAAAUCGGUUUCCGACCGCCGCCCCUCCGUCGCACCAUCACCGGAUCGUCGUCUUCGUCAUACAGUUCGAUAUCCUCGGGGUCUAGUUCCACCACUCGGACCACAACGGCUCCGCCCCCAGGAGCAUCGAACGCAAAGAAGGGGGCUGUUAACUACUACACAGCCGCUCGAGAGCGUGAAAGAGAAAGGGAACUGAGAGCAAAGCAACGCGGAGGUAGUUCAAAUAUUGCUGCACUGUUGAGCAAGCAGAAGGCCUCUGGGUUGGGGGCACUGAUGGGUCAGGGCCAGUGGGAAUGA